AUGGAGGUAGAACAUCAAAGACCACCAGACGAUGCUGGUGACGGAGGCGACUCAGCAAAUCAGCCGUCAACUUCAGCAAGUGCAGAUCCGAAUCCAGUUGAUCCGGUUGCAGAUUCCGCUGCCAACGAUAACGAUGACCACCUCAUGUGUCGAGUAUGCCGGGGAGACGAAGGAAGUCUCUAUUAUCCUUGUUUAUGUACUGGAAGUAUUAAAUAUGUUCAUCAGGAAUGUCUAGUAGAGUGGCUGAAAUAUAGCAAGAAAGAAGUAUGUGAACUAUGUAAUCACAAAUAUUCUUUUCAACCGAUAUAUCGACCGGAUAUGCCAAAAGCUCUUCCGAUAUUUGAAAUACUACGUGGAGUAAUCACUUCUGGAGCAAUGAUGAUCAAAACAUGGUUCGUGUAUACUUUUGUGAUGGCUACAUGGCUGGGGCUUGUUCCACUGACUGCUGCUCGUAUUUAUAAUUGUAUAUUCUAUUUAUCAUUCCAUGACAUUGUGAAUGCUCCAUUCCAACUUUUCAAGACGGAUAAUGUGGUUCCUGACAUUCUUAAAGGAACUAUUCUUCUCAUUGUUUUUGUCUGCACAUUUAUCUCACUCGUUUGGCUUCGAGAACAAAUCAUUGUUGGAGGACCACAACAUUUUUUGAACUUUGAAAACGACGAAGAUGGAGCGGACGAGAACGGUGAUGAGGAUGAUGAAGAUGAAGAGGAUGAAGAAGAUGAUUCUGACAACGAUGGAGUCGAAGGCGACGAUGGGGAUAACGAAGACGAUGAAGAGGAUGAUGACGACGACGACGAAGAUGACGAUGAUGAUAACGAUGAUGUUGCAAAUGAGAAUGAAAACGAUCAAUAUAAUAACAUCGGGAAUCAGCCGAAUGUCAACCGUAAUGAGGUAGGACGAGUAGACGGAGAAGCAGAAGACGAUGGCGAGACGAGUGGAUCAUCAUCAGAUGGUGUUCCAGAGAUUUUUGAAGAGAUCAGUGAUGGACCUCCUGAAAGAGUAUUGUACAUUGAUAAUGACGAGUUUUUGAAUCAUCGAGAGGCUGUGGCGCGAGCUCAUUCAGGAGCAUUGGCUUAUGAAGAACGCAGGAGGGAUAUUUAUGAAGCAAGACACGGAUUCAGACCCAGAAUGCCUGACAUCAAUCUAUACGAUGAUAUGAGAGACGACGAAAAUGAAAUUGUUGAGAAUGAACCGAACGAAGAACCCCCAGUGGAGGAUCCUCCUCAAUUGCUUGAAGAAGCCGCUCCUAUUCUGCCACGACAACCACUACGGGCUCGUCUGAGAAGGAAUCGGCGUCAGAGGCAGAACGUAAAUAAUGAUCCAGAUCAAGCUGCAGCUGGAGGAGAUCAGGAUGAUAACUGGAGAGAGUGGGAUAGAUUUGGAGAUGAACUCACUUGGCAAAGAUUGCUUGGUCUUGACGGAUCGUUAAUAUUUCUAGAGCAUGUCUUUUGGGUCAUCUCACUGAACACUCUAUUUACGGUCACGUUCGCCUACGUUCCAUAUCGAUUCGGUAGCUGGAUGCUUGCUACAGUCGGUUUAUAUUCGAAAAUCACCUAUUUCCCAUCGAUAGUUUCCAUGAUUUUUGGGUACAUUCAAGUUGCUGUUGUUACAUUCAUUGCUCAUCAGUUGAUGCGGAUCCUAAAAAUGAAGUUGAUGUAUCGAUUCCUUGGAGUUAUGUUCCUGAUUAUCAAAGUUUUCUUGCUGGUGUUCCUGGAGAUUGGCUUCUUCCCAGUAAUGUGUGGAUGUUGGAUGGAUGUAUGUACACUUCCUCUGUUCAAUGUAACCCUUUCUCAACGAGUUGCUACGUUUGCGAGUGCUCCAUUCAUGUCGAUAUUUCUACAUUGGAUGGUUGGAAUGGUAUACGUGUUUUACUCGGCUUCCUUUGUUAUAUUGCUCCGAGAAAUUCUUCGCCCUGGGGUACUUUGGUUUAUGAGAAAUCUCAAUGACCCCGAUUUCAAUCCAAUCCAGGAAAUGAUCGAUCUACCAUUCACUCGCCAUUUCCGACGGCUCGUGGUGUCGACGACGUUGUUUUUCUCAACAAUCAUGCUUAUUUUCUACAUCCCUCUGAACGUCAUCAAUGUUAUCCUACCGACACUUUUGCCAUACAAUGUUUCAAUGAGUGCGGAAACUCCGUUGUCCGAAAUUUCACUCGAGUUGCUGAUACUUCAAGUUGUGAUGCCUGCGAUAUUGGAACAUGCGAAUGGGAGAGGUUUCAUCAAGUACGGUGUCAGACUUUGGUGUAAAGUGAUUGGUACGGCAUUGGAUUUGGAUCAGUACUUGCUCUCCGAUAACAAUAACAACAACAAUCAAAACAACAAUAAUGAUAAUCGACCAGAAAAUGUACUAGGAAACGCAGGUGCAGCAGGAGGUGCUGGUGCUGGAGCCGGUGUCGGAGGAGGUCUUGCUGCUGAACAUCAAGCAUUACUUCUACUACGCGAGCCACGUGCCUAUGAACCAUACAAUCGCCCAUCCCUCUUUGCUGUUCGUAUUGCAAUUCUUCUGGUUUUAAUGUCGGCUACAACUACUCUCUGCAGUGUCGUCGUUUUCAUUAUCCCAGUAUCGAUUGGUCGAUAUUUCAUUUAUAUUGUAACCGGCCAAGGGAAUGUCCAUGAUAUGUACACAGUUUCAUUGGGACUCUACGCUGCCUGGCUUGUCGGGAAGUUCGGAGCAAUAGCCAUAAAGUUCAUUCGCGGAGGUCCUCAUUUGUUCAAGAGAGCAGUGAUCCAUUACUCAUAUUUGGGAAUUCGUUUGAUGCUUGUUGCCAUUCCAAUCGUCUUCGUGCUGCCAUUUUUAAUGGGUACAUAUUUCCAACUUGUCUUUUUCGCUCCUAUGCGGCUUGGCUACCAACAAAGUGCUCUCAUGUUCCCAUACCAAGACUGGGCAAUGGGUGUCGUUCAAAUGAAAAUCUUCGCGGUUGUAGCAGUGAUGGGACCUGAUUGGUGGCUCAAGACCGAACUUGAUCUUUUGGUGCAACGUGGCAUCGAGAAUUUUGCAGCACUUCAUGUUUUCGUUAGAAUUGUUGUUCCAUGCAUUCUUUAUUUAUCAACUUUCAUUGCGUUCCCAGUGUUGGUUGUGAAAACAUAUGCGUUGAUUUCAGGAGCCGACCCUGAAUGGACUAUGCUUCUGCUACGAUUCUCGUAUCCAGCUUUCUUAUUUAUAACAUCCGCUGUAGUAUUCAUCAAAUGGCAGAUUGCAAAGUUUGCCGAGUUGGCGGAGAAAAUCAAAAAUGACCGGUACCUGGUUGGCACUCAACUAGUCAACUACGAGAAAAACGGAGUUCGAGCCACUCAGUCCUGA